UUUAAUGUUAGCGGCUGGUUUGCUGUAUAUGGCUUUUACUAUGUUUCGGUAUGGGCCUUGAAUUAAAAGGUAAUUUUUAAUGAAAGGAUAGCAUGCUGUUAGCAUUUUAAGAAAUUUGGCUUUUCUCUGGGUGGUUCUUCUUUCUAAAAAUGUAUUUCUUAUUUUAUGUGUAUGAGAGUUGCCUGCUGUAUAUAUGUGAACCAUAUGUGUGUAUUCUGGUCCUGCAGAGGCCAGAAGAGAUGUGGACUGGGUUACAGGCGGUUGUGUGCUAGCUGCCAUGUAGGAGCUGGAAUUGAACCCAGGUCCCUGGAAGAGAAUGCUCUUCACCACUGCACCAUCUCUCCAUCCCCUGCUCACUUGUCUUUCAAAGGUGGUUGCUGUUUUGCUUGAAGAGGACCGUUUGGCAGCUGGACCCAGCUGGAUUCCCAGGGCUCAAGACAAAGCUCUGAACAUCAGUGACAGCUCCUCUCAACUGAACACAAGCCUACCGUUUCUUCAGAGUCGGAAAGUAUCCUGCUUGCAUGCAUCUCGAGUUCAGAGGCAGACCGUGGUCUCUGUUCAUGACUUACCUGAAAAGGCUUUUGCUCCGUCUCUGGAUAGCAGGCACCUUCUCUGUGUGUGGGAUAUUUGGCAGCCUUCAGGGCCCCAGAAGGUUCUGAUAUGUGAGUCAAAGGUCACGUGCUGCUGCUUUAGCCCUUUAAAAGCAUUUCUGCUGUUUGCGGGAACAGUGCAUGGCUCUGUGGUUGUGUGGGACUUGAGAGAAGACUCCAGGAUACACCAUUACGUGAGGCUGAGCAGCUGUUUCUGGGCUUUCAGGACCCCAACAUUCUCCACUGAUGGAAUCCUCACAUCGGUGAACCACCGAAGCCCUCUUCAAGCCAUAGAGCCGGUUGCCACAUCUGCCUACAAAAAACAGAGUUUUGUGCUUUCACCCUUUUCUACUCAAGAAGAAAUGGCAGGCUUGUCAUUUCACAUCGCUUCCCUGGAUGAGAGUGGGGUUCUCAAUGUAUGGGUGGUUGUUGAAUUACCAAAAGCAGAUAUCUCAGGUUCAAUGAGUGAUUUAGGUCUGAUACCUGGAGGGAGGAUCAAGUUGGUGCACAGUACUGUAAUCCAACUGGGCCACAGUCUUUCUCAUAAAGAUAGUGAACUGUGGGGGUCCACACAGACACUGAGUGUCAAAUUCCUGCCUUCGGAUCCUAAUCACUUCGUCGUUGGCACCGACAUGGGACUUAUAAGCCACAGUACCAGGCAAGAUUGGAGAGUCUCUCCCAAGGUGUUCAAACCUCAGCAACACGGUGUCCGACCAAUAAAAGUUAACGUGAUUGAUUUUUCACCGUUCGAAGAAACAGUAUUCUUGGCUGGCUGUUCAGAUGGAAGCAUCAGGCUACACCAGCUGACGUCUGAGAGGCCCAUCAUGCAGUGGGACAACAGCACCAGUGGCCGCUCUGUUACUAGUCUACAGUGGUCUCCGACAAGGCCUGCUGUGUUCCUGGUCCAGGAUGAUGCAUCUAGGAUCUAUGUUUGGGAUCUUCUUGAGAAUGACCUGGGUCCUGUGGCCCAGCAGCCCAUCUCUCCAGAUAAGCUUGUGGCCAUGACUAUCGUGGGGGAACCCGAGAAGACCAGUGGUAGCUUUGUGGCCCUGGUGUUGGCCAGGACCUCUGGUACAGUCGACAUCCAGAACCUGAAGAGGCGGUGGACCACCCCAGCAGCAGAUGAGCAUAGCCAGCUGCAUCUGCUUCUUCAGAAAUGAAGACCUAAUGUCAGGAGAAUGAUGGGUACAUGAGCCUUGAUUACAGAUGGAUCCCUUCACUCUGUGUCUAUGUGACUUUGUGUACAUAGAGUGUGUAUAUUCUGUACAUAAUUUGCUUUAGAAGAGCAGUGCUUUGGUAUUCCCAAGAAAUAAAUCACUAUUUUUAAUGGAAACAGUGAACAUUUUAGUGUAUACUAAACUUCAAGGGGAAUAUCGAGUGAUGUCCCACAAGCUCUUCCAAGAGUGUUUCCAGUUAUUUUUGGAAUGAUUUAAAAAUACUGUCACAUUUAUUACUGGAUUUUAAACAGUCCACCAUGAGAAGUACUUGAAUGGACUGUUUUCUUAGCCAGGCAUAAAGUGAUGUACGUGUAUCUCACUUGGGAUCCGACCGCCACCAGCCUUCUGUUUCUAAGGUUUCUCCAACACUAGCUUUUGGUGUGCUUUGAAUGGCACUCAUAGAAUUGAGCCAGACACAUUUUACUGUGUGAUUUAGCAUGAAAACCACCCUCAUAUAGAAAUAAUACAAGUAAAUAAAUUAUCUUGAGCAUGGA